GACCCCAGAACCAAGCACAAGUUUAAGAUCCACACCUAUGGCAGCCCCACCUUCUGCGACCACUGUGGCUCUCUCCUGUAUGGUCUCAUCCACCAGGGGAUGAAGUGUGACAGUGAGUAAAGUACCUCUCCAUCCACUUAGACUUGGAAUCACUAUACACACUACAUAAUGCAUUAGAUAGUGGCUCUGUUCCAAACGUCCACACUUGCGUACUACUUAGUAUGAGGCAAUGUAUUGGGUAUCAAAUCAAAUCAAAUCAAAUCAAAUUUUAUUGGUCACAUGCGCCGAAUACAACAGGUGCAGACAUUACAGUGAAAUGCUUACUUACAGCCCUUAACCAACAGUGCAUUUAUUUUAAACAAAAAAGUAAGAAUAAAACAACAACAAAAAAGUGUUGAGAAAAAAGAGCAGAAGUGAAAUAAAGUGACAGUAGGGAGGCUAUAUAUACAGUAAAAUAAAGUGACAGUAGGGAGGCUAUAUAUACAGGGGGGUACCGUUGCAUAGUCAAUGUGCGGGGGCACCGGCUAGUUGAGGUAGUUGAGGUAAUAUGUACAUGUGGGUAGAGUUAAAGUGACUAUGCAUAAAUACUUAACAGAGUAGCAGCAGCGUAAAAAGGAUGGGGUGGGGGGGCAGUGCAAAUAGUCCAGGGUAGCCAUGAUUAGCUGUUCAGGAGUCUUAUGGCUUGGGGGUAGAAGCUGUUGAGAAGUCUUUUGGACCUAGACUUGGCACUCCGGUACCGCUUGCCGUGCGGUAGCAGAGAGAACAGUCUAUGACUAGGGUGGCUGGAGUCUUUGACAAUUUUGAGGGCCUUCCUCUGACACCGCCUGGUAUAGAGGUCUUGGAUGGCAGGGAGCUUUGCCCCAGUGAUGUACUGGGCCGUAUGCACUCUAUCCAAGGGCAAGGGCUAUUAGUACGGUAUUGAUAUUGGAAUGUAGCUGCAAUGUCAGUUGGUAUCAAUGGCAUACUUAAACCCUGUUUACAUUUGCACUUUGAAUUAGGGGACAUAUUCUGAAAUGGAAUUCUGAAAAUCGGGCUGGGUCGGGGGAAACCCGGCCAGAGCAGCCCAGUUCCACAGCUGGUGCUAACCCGGUGCUGCCGUUACUAUACAAUCAGCAGCUGAUCGGUGCUGUGUCUCAUGUGGCUCAAUUGGUAGAGCAUGGAGCUUGCAACGCCAGUGUUGUGGCGGGUUCGAUUCCCAUGGGGGACCAGUAUGAAAAAGUAUAGAAAAUGUAUGCACUCACUACUGUAAGUCGCUCUGGAUAAGAGUGCCUGCUAAAUGACUAAAAUGUAAAAAUGUAAAAUGCUGGUCUGGAUGCUGACACGUUUAGCUAGCAUGGAUUUUAGCUAGCCAGGUUAUAUUGAACGCUAGCUAGCUACAUCCUAUCAAACCUGUCGAUUCAUGACUAACUGCAUACAUGAAGUGUGUCUGAAAGUGGGCGUGUCAACAGAAGUGGGAGGAUCAACAGAAGUCUCCCGAGUGGCGCAGUGGUCUAAGGCACUAGCUGUGCCGCUAGAGAUCCUGGUUCGAAUCCAGGCUCUGUCGUAGCCGGCCGCGACCGGCAGACCCAUGGGGCGGCGCACAAUUGGCCCAGCGUCGUCCAGGGUAGGGGAGGGAAUGGCCAGCAGGGAUGUAGCUCAGUUGGUAGAGCAUGGCGUUUGCAACGCCAGGGUUGUGGGUUCGUUUCCCACGGGGGACCAGUAUGAAAAAAUAUAUAUAUAUAAUAAUGUAUGCACUCACUAACUGUAAGUCGCUCUGGAUAAGAGCGUCUGCUAAAUGAUUAAAAUGUAAAUGUAAGUGGGUGUAUGGAAAGCGAAUCAGCUAAUUGGGCAAAUUUGUUGCCACUCAAGACCGUUUUGCGUGGCUGAUGGACUGCACGAUGAGUCGAAUGUUGAUAACUGUAGCAUUUUAGAUAAGCCUAACCCUGACCCUUUUCCUAACCUGAACCUCAUUUUCCUAACCUGCCACUUUAAUUAUCCUAACCUGCUACGCAUUUUAGCUAAGCCUAACCCUGACCCUUUUCCUAACCUGAACCUCAUUCUCCUAACCUGACACGUUAAUUCUCCUAACCUGCCACGUUAAUUCUCCUAACCUGCUACGUUAAUUAUCCUAACCUGCGAUGUAAACAUUAAGCUGACACGCGGUGCACCUGGCUAUGGCCGAUCUAAACAAUUAUGGAGCUCUGAUGUUACACCCAUCGCUGUUGAUCCACCCACUGAUGUCGUCGGAUUUGCUUGAUUAGCUAGCUAGCUAGCAAGCUAACUACAGUGCGUUUAGAAAGUAUUCAGACCCAUUGACUGUUUCCACAUUUUGUUACGUUACAGCCUUAUUCUAAAAUGGAUUACAUCGUUUUUUCCUCAUCAAUCUACACACAAUACUCCAUAAUGACAAAGAAAAAACAGGUUUUUAGAAAUUGUAGCAAAUGUAUAUAAGAAAAAAAAACCUGAAAUAACAUUUACAUAAGUAUUAAGACCCUUUACUCAGUACUUUGUUGAAGCACCUUUGGCAGUGAUUAAAGCCUUGAGUCUUCUUGGGUAUGACGCUACAAGCUUGGCAAACCUGUAUUUAGGGAGUUUCUCCCAUUCUUCUCUGCAGAUCUGCUCAAGCUCUGUCAGGUUGGAUGUGGAGCGUCGCUGCACAGCUAUUUUCAGGUCUCAACAGAGAUGUUAGAUCGGGUCCAAGUCCGGGCUCUGGCUGGCAUUCAAGAGACUUGUCCCGAAGCCACUCCUGCGUUGUCUUGGCUAUGUGCUUAGGGUCGUUGUCCUGUUGGAAGGUGAACCUUCGCCCCAGUCUGAGGUCCUGAGUGCUCUGGAGCAGGUUUUCAUCAAGGAUCUCUCUGUACUUUGCUCCGUUCAUCUUUCCCUCGAUCCUGACUAGUCUCCCAGUCCCUGCCGCUGAAAAACAUCCCCACAGCAUGAUGCUGCCACCACCAUGCUUCAACGUAGAGAUGGUACCAGGUUUCCUCCAGAGGUGACGCUUGGCAUUCACGCCAAAGAGUUCAAUCUUGGUUUCAUCAGACCAGAGAAUCUUGUUUCUCAUGGUCUGGGUCCUUUAGGUGCCUCUUGGCAAACUCCAAGCGGGCUGUCAUGUGCCUUUUAUUGAGGAGUGGCUUCCGUCUGGCCACCCUAACAUAAAGGCCUGAUUGGUGGAGUGCUGCAGAGAUGGUUGUCCUUCUGGAAGGUUCUCCCAUCUCCACAGAGGAACUCUGGAGCUCUGUCAAAGUGACUAUUGGGUUCUUAGUCACCUCCCUGACCAAGGCCCUUCUCCCCCGAUUGCUCAGUUUGGCCGGGCGGCCAGCUCUAGGAAGGGUCUUGGUGGUUCCACACUUCUUAUAUUUAAGAAUGAUGGAGGCCACUGUGUUCUUUGGGACCUUCAAUAAUGCUGACAUUUUUUGGUACCCUUCCCCAGAUCUGUGCCUCGACACAAUCCUGUCUCGAAGCUCAACGGACAAUUCCUUCGACCUCAUGGCUUGGUUUUUGCUCUGACAUGCACUGUCAACUGUGGGACCUUAUAUAGACAGGUAUGAGCCUUUCCAAAUCAUGUCCAAUCAAAUGAAUUUACCACAUGUGGACUCAAAUCAAGUUGUAGAAACAUCUCAAGGAUGAUCAAUGAAAACAGGAUGCACCUGAGCUCAAUUUUGAGUCUCAUAGCAAAGGGUCUGAAUACUUAUGUUUUAUAAAUUUGCAAAAAUGUCUAAAUACCUGUUUUCACUUUGUCAUUAUGGGGUAUUGUGUGUGUAUAUUGAUGAGGAUUUUAUUUUAUCAAUUUUGGAAUAAGGCUGUAACGUUACAAAAUGUGGAAAAAGUCAAGGGGUCUGAGUACUGUACAUGGUGUCUGGCUAGCACUGGCAGGAGUAUGGGGUAACAUUAGUUACAGUGUGGUGAGGGUGAAUUCAAUUAUUUCUUCAACAUCUUGCUAUCUAGCUAGUUGUAGCAAAAGGACUUUCUACAAAAUUUCGGUAGCUAGCUAGCAACAUUAGCGAAGCUAGAUGCAUAGUCACAUUGGCUACCUAGCAACAUGACAUCAUUUCUAAAUUCUGGAGGCAGUGGAAACACAAUUCGAGAUGGCCCACCAAGGCCCAACCCAGGUUGAUUUCUAAGUUCCAAUGGAAACAAGGCUUUAGAUGUUGUAACUUAGGAGUCAGGAAGCAGGUGCAGUUAGUGAGUUUAAUAACUACUAACAUGGAACGAUACAAAACAAGAGAAGCGUCUGACAUGGAAACACAAACAAUACUACCUGAUGACUAGUAACAAAGGAGUGCUAUAUGAAUUGUAAGUAAUCAGUGAGUAAUGAAGUCCAAGUGUGACUGAUGAUGAGACGCAGGUGUGCGUAAUGGUGGUUGCCAGGUGUACGUGAAGAUGGGUUGCCAGGACCAGUGGUUAGCAGACCGGCGACGUCGAACGCCGGAGGGGAGGAGCGGGAGUAGACGUGACAGUACCCCACCCUGACUCGCGGCCCCAGCUGCAGGACGACACCGGCCAGGGGGAUGGCCCCGAGGGCGAGGAGCGAGCCGGUCCGGACGGCGAAGGUGGAAAUCUCAGAUGAUGUUGGGAUCUAGAAUGUCGUCCACUGGAACCCAACACCGCUCCUCUGGACCGUACCCCUCCCAGUCCACCAGGUACUGGAGUCGACCCCCACGAUGUCGGGAGUCCAGGAGGGAUCUGAUGGCAUAGGCGGGGCUUCCCUCGAUAUCCAGGGGAGGGGGAGGGGUGUUGUGGGGGACGGCAUCAGCCAGGGGACCAGGAACCACCGCCUUGAGGAGGGAAACGUGAAAAGAGGGUGAGAUCCGGUAGUUAGAGGGGAGUUGUAAUCUGUAUGUUACCUCGUUCACCCUCCGGAGGACCUUGAACGGCACCACAAACCGGGGACUCAGCUUCUUACAGGGCAGGCAGAGCGUGAGGUUCCUGGUGGAGAGCCAGACGCAUUGUUCCAUAACUCUUCUGCGCGCCUGAACCACUCGUCCACCGCAGGAGCUUCGGUCUGGCUCGGAGUCCACGGGGCCAGGGCUGGCUGGUAACCUAGAACACACUGGAAGAGAGUCAGCCCAGUGGAGGAAUGUUGCAUCGAAUUCUGGGCAUAUUCCGGGCCCACUGCCCCUGCCGGUCCUGGCAGUGACUCCUCAGGAACUUCCCCAGCUCCUGGUUCAUCCUCUCCACCUGCCCGUUAGACUGAGGCCAGUACCCAGAAGUGAGGCUAACCAUGACCCCCAGCUUCUCUAUAAAGGCUUUCCAUACCCGUGACGUGAAUUGGGGGCCACGGUCGGAGACUAUAUCCUCCUGAAGGCCAUAGUGCCGGAAGACCUGCUGGAACAGUGCCUCAGCGACCUGGAGAGUGGUAGGGAGCCCAGAGAGAGGGAUGAAACAGCAUGAUUUAGAGAAUCUGUCCACUAUCACCAAAAUGGUGAUAAAACCUUCAGAAGAGUACAAACCGAACAUGAAUUGACAUAGUGGUGCUAUGUCCUGCGCCAAAGGGGGCCACCAGUAUUUAUCAGAAAGGGAUUUGAUAGUGCGGGUGAUACCUGGGUGUCCUGCGGCGAGGGAUGUGUGUGUCCAGGUCAUCAGCCGAUCUCUCACCCUUGUGGGAACAUAGAUGCGCUCUGGAGGGCAGGUGGUAGGAGUGGGUUCCCUUUCCAGAGCCUGGCAGAUGUCCACAUCUACGUCCCAACAUACGGGGCCAACGAUACAGUAGGACUGAUUGAUGGGCUGGUGAACGCUAACAGGGCCCUCAACCGUCAUGGAACCACAAGGUACGGGAAAGCAGGUCCUCCGACAUCCUGGUCCCCAGGCGGUAAUUUUCAUACUCGACCAUGUGAUGGUGGGAUUGUGACGUUGGAGCCAUGGGAGGCCGAGAAUUACCUUGUGUACUGGUGUGGAGGUGAUGGAGAAUGGAAGGCUUUCCUGGUGCAUGGGUCCCACAGUGAGGUUGAGUGGUGCUGUGAUGUGCGUGACUGUGCCGGUUCCUAAUGGUCGUGUGUCCAGAGCUUGGAUAGGAAAAGGAGAGGAGAACGGAUAUGAGGUUAAGUUCAGGGAGGAGGCAAGGGCCUGGUCGAUGAAGUUCCCAGCGGCAUCGGAGUCCACUAGAGCUGUAGAGACAACACUUGAGGGACAGCCAGCCAGUGAAAUAGGAACCGUAAAGGGUUUGGCGGAAAACUAUGAAAAUGGGAUACUCACGCCUACCCUGGGAUAUGGAAGGUCACGGGGCCGCCCCUCUGCUCUAGUGGACCCCGGGUUAGGGCGCACCGGACACCACUGAAGCUGCCCCUCCUGGCCGCAAUAGGGACAGAGCCCCAGCUGUCUCCGGCGACACUGCUCUGCCGCGGAGAGGUGUGUGGCCCCUACCUCCAUGGGUUCAGGCUCUGAUUCAGAACGGUCAACGAAGGAGGGAGAGAGGCGAUGGGGGUGCCGACACUCCAGAAGAAGGUUAUCCAGACGGAUGGCCAUCGCGAUGAGCGAGUCCAAGGUUAGAUUGUCAUCUUGGCACGCCAACUCCAUCUGGACCUCUUCGCGCAAUCCUCUUCUGAAUAGGGUGCAGAGCGUCGGCUCAUUCCAUCUGCUGGAUGCGUACUCCGCCAUGGUCUGGCCAUCCUGCCGUAGUUGGAGUAGGCGCUCACCCCCCUCUCUGCCCUUUGGUGGAUGGUCAAAGACCCCCCUGAACAGAGCCCAGCUCCUCCUUUCCUCUCUCCCAGACGGCUGUAGCCCACUCCAACACCCAUCCGGUCAGCAGGGAAAUAACCGUGGCAACCUUGGACCUCUCGGUGGUGGGGGCUCCCAUCUGGUGAGUGAAAUAGAGGGAGCACUGGAGUAGGAAGCCAUGGCAUUUAGAUGUUGACCCUUCAUAUUUGUCCGGGAGGGACAAACGGGCAUCGCUGACCUGGGUGGACUAUUGGAUGGGCUGGGGUGCUGGCCCUCUGUGUCGACUUGUGGUGGAGAAUCCUCCGCUUGUUGGAGCUGACGCCCCUCGGGGAAUGUCGAGACUUGAAGAACGCGGAGGACCUCUUCCAUAGCCGUCCCCAGUUGUGCCAGCUGGUCGUGGUGUUGGCGAAGUAGGUGUCUCUGUUCGCUGACCAUCUGGAAGAUGUUCUGAUUAACUGCUGCUUCCAUUUGGUGACGUAGUAUUCUGAAACGUAGACGCCGGGAGUCAGGAAGCAGGUGCAGUUAGUGAGUUUAAUAACAAUGAACAUGGAACGACACAAAACAACAGACGUGUCUGACAUGGAAACACAAAAAAUAUACUAACUGAUGACUAGUAACAAAGGAGUGCUAUAUGAAGGGGAGUAAUGAAAUCCAGGUGUGCAUGAAGAUGGGUUGCCAGGACCGGUGGUUAGUAGACCGGCGACGUCGAACACCGGAGGGGAGGAGAGGGAGUAGAUGUGACAGAUGUGCUCAAAGUACAUUCAAACAUAACUUUAUUGACAUCGCUCGUACUGCACAGGACACAAUGAUGUUCAAUUACAAUGCUGUAAUUUUGCCCAAUUAUGUUUUCCAUUAUUUAAAACUGCAUUUCCAUUUUCUGUCCAUUCCUUCCAGCAAUUUCCCUUCUAAAACCCACACAUGAUUCACUCUGUCCAGAGAUCUUUAAAUAUACAUUAUCAAAGCUGCUGCGCGGCUUCAUUAGUGCAAUUCCCUCAGUCUUAUGAUUUUCAUAUGUGAUAAAGCACGAAUGACUUUAAAUCUAUGGUAAAUAGUACAUCAUAUCUCUUCACCAGAGCUGGCGUGUAAUAUUAAUUAUGACUCAGGGCUAUAUAUAAAUAGGGAUUAUGUUAUGGUUGGAAAAUGACUUUGGCACACACUGGCUGUUCUAAUCAUACUGCAUAUUAGAUUAUCAUCAUGUGUUUUUAAUUGCGGGUUGUUAUAUUGUAGACUAGAGGCUACACCUGGCCUUUUGACUUCAUAAAUAAAGCACAUCAGUUUUUGCUUAAACCAUCAUUUUUAGAUUGUUUACCUUUCUUCUGUCUCUCCUGCUGUCUCUCUCUUUCUGUCUGUCUACAUCCCUUCAGCCUGUGACAUGAACGUGCACAAUCAGUGUGUGAUGAACGUGCCCAGCAUGUGUGGGACGGACCACACCGAGAGGAGGGGACGCCUCUACCUGAAGUGUGAGGUCACAGUGGACAAGCUGCAGGUCACAGGUAGGCCUCCGGACCUUACCAUCUCUCAGACAAAUCUAUUUCUCCGAGUGUGUCCCAAAUGGCACCCUACUCCCUUUAUAGUGCACUACUUUUGAACAAAGCCCACAGGGAUCUGAUCAAAUGCAGUGCACUAUGAAGGGAAUAGGGUGCCAUUUCAGGCGCGUCCGUUGCCUUCUUCCCCAGUGGGGUUGUGAUGUGUAAUGGCUGACAGAGCUUCCUCUUACCUUUUCAUAAUCAGUCCCAACCAUCAGUCCCCAACCACUUUAGCUGUCAGCUGCCUGUUACAGCCCCAUCUUGACUGAUAAGAAAGAAACAGCUUCUGGCCUCAAAUCCACUCACAGCAUGGAUCACUUCCACCGGGCACUCAUCACCACUGAUUCCUGGCAAUCUGUGUAUGUGUGUUCGUUCGUGUGUGGGUGUGUGUGUGGGUGUGGGUGUGUGUGCGUGCAUGUGUGUUCCCUCUAACCGUAGCCUACAUCGAUUUCUAUUUACACAAUUGUCAAUUGGAUAAAUAGGCCCAGGCUUUGAAAACCAUUCCAUUGUAAAAACACCUGUUCCCAGUUCAAUAGAUGAAGUGAACUGGUUGUCAUAACAAAUAUCUCCUUUGUCUGUUUUUGAGUGACAGCAGCCCAGAGACAGCAGGUGGUGA